AGCAGAAUAAGAAAAGUGAUGCAGCUGCUCUUCUGAAGGAAAAGGAUGAAAUAAUUAAUCAAGUUAUGGCUGAAGGUGAAGAGCUUUCAAAAAAGCAGGCUGCUCAAGAAGGACAGAUUAGGAAAUUAAGGGCUCAGAUCAGAGAGUUUGAAGAAGAGAAGAAAGGGUUGAUUACUAAACUUCAGGAAGGUGAUGCUGCUGUUGCCGUUUCUGAGGAGGUGAAGAAGAACAACCAUGUAGAUGGGAAAACAUUGGACAAUGAGUUGGAGGUUGUUGAGGGAAUGAAGCUAGAUAGGGGCUACAUAUCCCCUUAUUUCAUCACCAACCAGAACAAUCAGAAAUGUGAAUUGGAAAAUCCUCUAAUCAUAAUCCAUGAGAAGAAAAUCUCAAGUAUUAAUGAUGUGGUUAAAGUAUUGGAGUUGGUUUUGCAGGUUAGCAUUUCUCUGGUUAGGUUCACUAGUUUCUUCGUUUUUACUAUGAAUUGGUUGACAAACUUUUGCUCCUUUUCAGAAGCAAAGUUAUGAUUUCAGAUCUGUAGAUAACCUGUUGUUGCUGAUAUUGCUACACGGGAGGAGAACAGAACAAGUUGGAAAAUGUGCAAGAAGGGAGAGCUAACUCAUACAACGAAGAACAAAUUGAUGAAGUUAAGAUCAAAUUAGUAGAAUUUGUGAGCUCUCCAUUAUUUAUAAUUAUAGGUAGGAAGUAUGUAUGUAAUAGAGCAAAGAUUGGUUGACUAUGUAAUAACAAUUGAAUUGUCAAGUUUUAUGAAAGAAAUAAUUUUUGCUUCUU